CAGUCUUUGUGGUUGGAAUUUUGGAUGGUGUCAUUGCAAAUUGUCCAGACCCGAGACAAGCUGGCUCAGCAGAACAAGAAGACAACACACCACAGCAAUGGCAACCUUCAAGGCCAUCUUUGACUACGAUGCUGAAGCAGAGGAUGAGCUGACUCUGCGCGUCGGCGACAUCAUCACGGACGCCCAAGCUGACCCAGAGGCCGAGGGAUGGUGCAAGGGAAAGCUCAACGGCCGUGUCGGUGUUUUCCCAGACAACUUUGUUGAAAAGUGCGAGGCCAAGGCCGCUGCCCCCGCCAAGCCACCACCACCAAAGCCCGCUCCCCCAAAGCCCGCCCCUCCCAAACCAGCAGACACCAGGCCCAAGGCCAAGUGCAUGUUUGAGCACGUGCCGGAGCAAGAUGACGAGCUGCACAUCAAGGAGGGCGACAUUGUCGUCAUUGUCGACGACAACGAUCCAGACUGGUGGAAGGGCGAGCUCAACGGCAAGGUUGGCAUGUUCCCGAGCAACUUUGUUGAGCGCAUCGCUGCCGGCUCUGCGUCAGCGCCAACAGCAGACGCGCCCCAAUCUGCAGAGGAAGAGGAGGAGGAGCCACGCAGGCAAUCGCAGCUGAUUGCGGCGAAGAAGGUGCAUGGCAUUGGUCUUGGUAACAUCUUUGCUGGCGGCGAAAUCAAACUCCGCAAGACAGGUAUGAAUCCAGAGAAGAAGAAGAAGGAGGCGGCUCCUGCCCCGGCCACCGCCCCUCACGUGCAGCUCAAGAAGACAGCGAGGCCACCGGCACCACAGGCUGCCGCGCCGGCCCCUGCUGCUCCAAAGGACGACGCUCUCUAUUGCAAGGUUCUGUUUGAGUAUGAGCCGCAGCAGGACGAUGAGCUCGCGAUGACGCCUGGCGAUGUGAUUCGCGUCGUCAAGAAGAACGAGGAUGAGGGCUGGUGGCAGGGCGAGCUCAACGGCAAGACUGGAUGGUUCCCAGACAACUUUGUCGAGAUGUGCCCAGCACCUUCAGCAGAUAAGAACACACCCCGCGUUGCUCUCAAGCCCCCAGGUCCUGAUUCCCGCUCCGCCAGCGUCUCUGCUCCUGCCCCGCGCACACGCACGCAUUCUCUCAGGCGGCCCAACGCAGCCCCUGCUCCUGCCAAGCCCCCAGCACCAAAGCCAGCCGCACCCGCACCCACACCCGCACACGAGGACAAGCCGGCGCCCCCAGCCGUGCCUAAGCCAGCUCCCCCCAAGAAGGCGAAGCCACCUCCAUCGCUCAAGCCGAAGACGGCUAAACCCACGCCCGCACCAGCACCGCCAGCGCCGACAAAGACAGACACAAACGAGCAGCCUCCAUGGGCCAGCCAGAUGAAGAAGAAGCCUGAGGAGGAGGAGAAGCCAGCACCACCCGCACCCGCGCCAGCAGCCCAGAAGCAGGAAUCUGCGCCCGAGCCAGCAAAGCCGGACACGGCGAGCGGCAACCAGAGCCAAGAGGUCGCUGACCUCAAGGCAACGGUGGACACGUUGUCCAAGACGGUGCAGUUCCUGAAGAAGAAGUUGGACCAUCUGGUGGAGGAACUUGACCAGGAGCGGCUGGAUCGCUCGAAGCUGAAGCUCGAGUAUGAGCGCCGCCUCAAGGACUUGGAGCUCAAGGUCGGCAUCUGAGGCCAAUGUCUGGCGCGUCCAUCCGUCAAAGCAAUCCCGUUGCCCACCCCUCCUUUCUUGUCCAUUUGAAAUCACGCAUGUCUCUCUCAUUUCUCCUUCUUUUUGUCAACCUCUCUCAAGCCCGCUUGUUUGUCAUUUGUGCAUGUGCACGUGUUUGUGUGUGUGUGUGUGUGUUUGUUUGUUUGCAUGCGUUUGUUGCUUUCUUCUUAUCCCCAGCCCUUUUUGGGUGCUCUAGUCUUGUCUGUGCUCUUCUGAGCCGUGUGUUGGAUGAGCGCGUUUGAGUGGGUCGGUGUUGACCCCUCUUGUCAACCAGUGCGUUCUGUGCGUCUUCAUGGUUUCUCUGUUUCGUUUUCCUUUGGUUGUUGCUCAUUUGUUUGCCUGGUGCGAAACAACAGGUGCAAUCAAAACAAAAACUGAACUUGUGUGUACAUGGGGCCGG